AUGGCUGUCGAAGUUGUUGAUCUGAUAAAGUCACAUUCUCAAAAUAGGCCGCGAGCACACAGUCUGGCUUACCCACCCUCGCUGGUCUUUGGUUGCAGGAAGGAGCAAAUAAGUCAUUGGACUUCCCGCCAUGCCCGUCUCAAUACUCAUACUGAGCAGAGACCAGGACCUCAGCCAAUCUGCAUUGGGGGCCACAGUUGUGACUUGGAUCGAUGGUAUCACUCAUUGCUAGAUGCAUUCACCCUUCAAAUUCCCGCCGUACGUCACAUGCUACUCGUUGCCACAUGUGGCCUGGGCGGCACAAUCGAGUGCGACGUCCACAUGCGCUCUGUCUUGCUGGCUGAUGCAAAUGCUGCCACGGCGUCACUCUGGCAUCCAUACGCUUCGUCGUCGUUGUUCGGCAACGAAAGCCAGCACGUGCCAGUGUUGGCGAGACCUCUCGGACUGUUCCGUAUGGAGAAAGUUGGGGAGGUCACCUACAACCCUCUAACAAGACAUUCAAGGUGCGAAUCGAUGCUCCAGGUCGCGCUAACCAGUACAAUCAUACAGUUUACAGCACAUCGACCACUUCGGUCACUUUGGACUGCAGUCACUUGUGGUGCGAUCUUAUUCCUGUUGGCCGGAGCACAUGCCAUAUUCUCACGGCAAAACGGGGGCGUACUUCGUUCACUGAUGACUGUAUCGAAUGCCAGAGACAAAUCAACUCCUCGAGUGGCGCUCGUAGUCGCUAGCCAACUACGUGAUAACACAACAUGGCUGAACGAUGGCUUCCCAGUAUGGCAGCAACACAUCUAUGUUACAGACGACCCUAAUGCGAGCCUGGCCGUGCCUGCUAACAAGGGUCGAGAGGGCAUGGUAUAUCUCACGUACAUCAUAGAUAAUUACGAAAGCCUGUCGGACAUUACCAUCUUCUCACAUGCCAACCGGUAUCAGUGGCAUAACGAUGAUCCGCUGUACGAUGGCAAAAUGCUGCUUUCGCGACUCCAGCUGCCGGCUAUGUCAGUCUUCGCUGUGUAUGGACGCUCGGCUGUCCCAUCGAUCCGACCAGUCGAAGAAGCGCAAGCGCCUCCGCCAGCUUCGGAUCCGGCCUCGGAUGAAGCAAGAGCAGGUUCGUUCUUCAAGGCAGCAUUCGAAGAACUAUUUCCCGGGACCCCAGUUCCUGAGGCUGUGGUUGUCACAUGCUGCGCUCAGUUCGCAGUUACUGCCAACACAAUUUGGCAAAGGUCCAGAGGCGACUAUGAACGUUACCAAGCCUGGCUCGUAAAUACCAAUAUGAAUGAUAAUUUAAGUGGGAUCAUAAUGGAAUACUUGUGGCACAUAAUCUUCGGUCAGAACACUGUCCACUGCCCUAGUGCUCAACAAUGUUACUGCAAGUUGUAUGGGCUAUGUUCCCUCGAUUGCGCGGAGCCUGGCGUGUGCGGUAACUACUACACAUUGCCUUUGACCACGGCUUUUCCGGAGGGAUGGCCAGAAGGCGGCUGGGAAGGUGAGCGGCGGAACCUGACCGACCUACUACUCCAAUAUGAUAGGCAAUAUCCGAUAAAUGCAUGA